ACUAUACUCCUACACCUGACAUGUUCCUAAACAUUCUUCAUAGUUAUCACUUAUAUCAAACAAUAUUAAUUAAUGUUGCUUGACUCCCUAUAUAUACUUUCUAGAGAUGACAAUUCAAUUCAAACACACUUAAGUCUUUCUUUUCCAUAAAUAUCAUUUAAUAUUUUCAAAUUGACUCAUUUCUACAUUAUGAAGACAACAAGUAAUAGAUUUGUGGGGAUAGUUCAAGCAAAACAGAAACUUCAAAGAACACUUUCACAAAGAAUUAGAAUGGCUUCAGCAGUUGCUGAUGUACCAAAAGGACAUUUGGCAGUGUAUGUUGGAAAAGACUAUAAGAGGUUUGUAAUUCCAAUAUCUUAUUUGAGUCAUCCUUUAUUCAAAGAUUUAUUGGAUUGGGCUGAACAAGAAUUUGGAUUCAAUCACCCAAUGGGAGGUCUCACAAUUCCAUGCACUGAAGAUUAUUUCAUUUGUCUAACUUCUUCUCUUAAUUAAUUAGUAGGUAGUUGUUUGUUCAAAUGAAGGAAAAUGGGUUUCAUGAAAUUGACCCAUUGGAUUGGACAAAAAUAUUUGGUUUUUUAUUUAUUUAUUUAAUGCUACCAAUUGUUAGAUAGGAGCAAAUUAAUCUGGUCUCUUCAACUCAUGAUGUACCGGAUAUUCAUCUUAAUCUAAUAAUAACAUCCUA